AUGAAGGACCGUAUCAUCGCCGCCGUCGACGCCCUGCACGCAGAGGUGAGGGGGUGGCUCAGGGCGUGUAGGCCUGAUGACACGUCGAAGGUGGCGUCGGCGUGGUACCACGUGACGUACCACCCGGACCGCCGCGGCGAGAAGCGGUUCUGGAGCUUCUCGUGGAUCGUCUGCGACACCCUGCUGGCGAUCAAGGCGGCGCGCAGGUGCCGGAAGCGGGUGGAAGACGCCGCCGUGCCCAUGGACUGCAACGCCUCUGCCACGCCCAUGGACUGCAACGCCUCUGCCACGCCCAUGGACUGCAACGCCUCUGCCACGCCCAUGGACUGCAACGCCUCCUAG